UUGACAGGACAAUUGACAAAAACAAAAAUAUGUAAAAUGGCGAAUGUACGUGACAGCGAUACUUCGUUGUGGCUACAUAAUAAAUUAGGAACAUCAAAUGAUUCAUGGACAGGUGGUUCAAUAUGUUCGCAAUUAAAUGCAGAAGUGUUAAGAAACAUCAAAGAUUGUUUUCCGGACCUUCAAACUCAAGUGAAGUUGAAACUUCUCUUGAGUUUCUUCCACAUCCCGCGCAGAAAUACAGAGGAAUGGAAAAUUGAAUUAGAACAGAUCUUAGAAGUAGCUGUUAGUGAUUCUGAAUUAUGGGUUGCAAUGCUUGCAGAAGCUUUAAAAACAUAUCCGUCUACUGGUGCAUUAAAUACAGAAAUUUCGGAUCUAUAUGAAGUGAGGCCUAUUUUUACAGAUUUAGUUAAUGAUCUUCGUCGAUUAGUAAAGAAACAAGCUGAUCAAGUUAUGCUUCCUAUGGAAUGCCAUUAUGUAAAUAAAGCAGCUUUAGUGUCUAUUGUAGGUCAGCAACCAAUCCCAGCUAAACAUUUUAAUUUAAAACGAAAGCCAAAAUCUGCACUUAUAAGGCAGGAAUUAUUACAAAAAUCAACAGAUGCAGCUUCAAAUCUCAAAAAGUCUUCAGCGCCUGUUAUUCCUGUUCGAUCAAGAGGAAUGCCCAGAAAAAUGACAGAUACAACACCACUGAAAGGAAUUCCUAGUAGAGUCCCCACAUCUGGAUUUGGACGAACAGGUUUAAGUAAUAAUACACCCAACAGACCACAAUUAUCGAGGACUACAGCUGGACGAAAAGAAGGUGGUGUAAAACUUUUAGAUAUUGCAGAUCAACCUUUAGGUUAUGCUGCUGCUAAAAAGAGAAAGAAGAUGCAAGAAAUGGAAGAUGCCAAGAAGGCAAGUGAAAAUGCAAAUAUUCAUAGUCCACCUCCUGCAGCAGGUACAACUCCAGACUAUGCUGCUGGUUUAUCAGCUACUCCAACAUAUGCACCUGCUACACCUGCCCCUCCUGUAACAACUAUUGUACCGACUCCGUUAUCAACCACCACAACGGUAACUCAACCGGUAAUACAAACCGUGACGUCAACGGUAACGGCAGCUCAAGUUCCGGUUACGGACGUCGUACAUACCACAACUGCUGCUGUUGUUGCAUCCACAACCACUGUACCUGCUCUUGCGACAGCACAGUUCGUGACGCCGUCAACUCUUCGGCCGGUGCCACCUUUGAUAACAACGGCGGCUGCAGGCCAACGGGCCACUGUUGUUACGGAGCAACCGGCCACUGCCGUACCGGUCGGUACUCCUGUAGUUUUAUCCACGCGUCCAGUACAGCAAGUUACACAAAUUCGGAUACAACCGCAACCCACCAAUACAUUACAAAGGAGGGGGUUGGCACUUACAAGAGAACAAAUGUUGGAGGCUCAAGACAUGUUUAGGACUGCAAAUAAAGUUACGCGGCCCGAGAAAGCUCUCAUUCUCGGUUUCAUGGCAGGCUCGCGAGAUAAUCCGUGUCCCCAUCUCGGUAAUAUUGUGACAAUCAAAUUGUCAGAAGACCAAGAGAACGUACUACAAUCCGACGAUACAUAUUUGACAAUGUUAGUAGAAACACACUUCCAAAUGAACUAUAAUAAUGGCGAAUGGAAACGAAUAAAAAAGUAUAGGCACAUCGAAAAUGUACAAAGUAAUCAAAUGGCUCAGAACGUACCGACGGCCACGAUUGUAUGAUAAGAGGCGUGAUUCAUCAAAGAAAUAUGAUGGAAAAAAUAGGUUACUCCACAUAGUAUUUAUUGGAUGUUUUUUCAAGCGAAAGCGAUAGGAAAAGUUUUUAGUUUUGAACUUUUUUAGACAUAUUUGAUUAAAGGAGGCUAUGCUUUUGAUUAAAAAAAAUAUGUUAGAUGUCGGGAUAUAGUGCCAACGUUUCAUGGCUGUGGCUGCUUCAUUUAAAAUACGAUAAACGGAAAUUUUUGUAUGUUAUUUUUCUCCAUUGACUUCGUAUUUUUUCUUAUUUCAUUGGUUAAUUUAUUUUUAAAUAGUAAUAUCACUACAAAAACACAUUGGGAAUAAUUCACAAGCUUUGUUAAUUUUUUUUCUUUACAAAUUCAUUUCGGCCACUAGACUAUUUUCUAAGAUACAGAAAUGUGUGUACGAAUGCCGACUUUUUUAUCAACCUCUAUAAAUAAAUGUCAAGUGAAUAUAAAUAAAUUAUUAAUAGUUAUGUAUACUUGUGGUUACUUUUCGAUAAAAUCAUUUUAAAGAUUGAGGAAUUUGUCAUACACGUGGACUAGCUUUCUAAUACCCUCUUAAUAAAAUGUUGCUGUUAAUGAAUUUAAAUUAGUUUCAUCGUUCUGAAGUUCCCCGUUAGUUUGAAAGCGGGAAAAAUAAGGAAAAGAUGUAUGCUAAUUUUUAUAAUUGUUCAUUGGGUUGCACCAGCAUUGUGAUUACGUACGUUAUCAUGAAUCAGAACAAUUCUAGAAGUUAGAAUGCCUUUCUUUGUUAUGAAUGACUUCCUACCAAGCUCCGGAUGAUUUCUCGCUUGCAAACCAACAAGGUGCUUCAACAAUAUCAAGACCCGUUUAAAUUCAUUGGUGACAACAUUGGCUGUUGGAAAGUUUGUCCAAAAUGUCUCAAUCGUCAACGUGAUUAUGUUCACUUGAUUUAUUUAUGGCCCAUCGGAGAUUGAAAAAAAAAAGCGGUCCUCGUACUGCUUAUCACUAUAUUUUCGAUUUCAUUUUAUUUUAUGUUUUUUUGUUUUAUAAUUAAUGCAAGACCACGAAACAUUGUCAUUUCUUACAUCCAACGUGAUUCGAGAGUUUUAAUGACGACAUUGGCCACGAAAGAUCUCACAUGUUUUAAGAAUGUUUAAAUAAAACGUCUGCCAUUUUUGUUCAUUAUAACAAAUGCGAUGUAAUCGUUAUUUGUUCUUGUACGUUUUUUAUUAAAAUAUUUAUUGAUAAACUUUUUAACUUUGUCACAGUGCAAAUAGGAUUACAAAAGGGAUAUUAAUUUAAUUAAAGAUACAUACUAAAGCUAUAAAAUAUAUUGAAAAUCAAAGUAAAUGUCCAAAACUAGUGUAUACAUGGAAAUGCUUGAUGCUAACGAAAUGAAGUUACAUCGUAAUGUCUUUGUAACGAAACUCUUCAUUACUGAAAAGUUCUUACAACGUAACGUUAUUUGAGCUUGGUUGAUUUGCUUUAUAGCCCAUGUACGGAUUAUUAUAAUCAAACGGUAAUUUUCUGUAAGAAAACAAUAAGUUGCAGUGAAUAUGAGCGAUAAAGUAGAACCUUUGUAUGUAGAUGAGAAGAUUUGCUUCAAUACCUUAAAAUACAGCUACAAAAUGGAAGUAAAACGUGACAUUAGGAGACAGAGUUAUUCUUCCGCACAAACAGAGCUUACAGUGCUCUGCACUGUUUGGGACAUUGUUCAGAGUUGUGAGCUCUGCCCCAACAAAUUCUAACGUAAUACAGACGAUCAACGUGCUAGUAUUCAUAGCACCUAUCAGUAUAAAGGCGCAAGAAUAAAAAACAAAUGCAUUCGUUCCAUUUAUUGUAAAUGCGUUGUUUAUAGUGGUUUUUUUCACGGCAGUAAAAGAAAAAUGACUACGACAACACUUACUUCGUUAGUUUUUUGUUGUUUUUUCCCACUGUAACCUUAUGAUCCUAGGCAAUCCACACAGUCGCCGGUUCAGAAAAAGAAGCUGCUUAUUAGAAUUUUAAUGUCUGUAUACCGGAAGUUGCAAAGGAAAAAUUGAUCGCCUACGUUGCUUGGGGAUUGUUAGGGCAAGACCCUCAACUGCGAUAAAAGUACCGAGUGAUGCAUCGUAUGCUAUGCUCUGUAUUGUGCGGGAAAAUGGCUGUGUAACCUAGUCUUUUAAACUUCAUAUAACGAACUAAAAUUAUUGGUCCCUUGAGUUUUGUUAUAAAGAGUUUACAUUGUAUUUUAAAACUGAGAAUCUUGCAAAAUUUGAGCAAAGAUUUUAAUUCCCAAAAUAAAUAGAAACUAUUAUACUAUCGGUGAUAUUGAAACGUGUUUUUAAAGUCAUUUUAAACAGCACCUAAGUUUUCAAAAGAAAUUUUAUUAAAACAUUAAUUUGCAGUUUUUUUCAUUUCAAAGUAGUUUUUGAUGUAAAUUAGCUAGCCUUUUUUAUAACGAAUGUUUGUACAUUGAUAUUUGGUUAAUUUAAAUGUUAUAAUUAAGCGAACGUUAAUGUUA